GGGAGUACAUGAGUAAAAAGGGAAAGUGCCAUCUUUGUGAUGUUACCUGUCUGCAGUGCACAGGCCCGGAGAGUGAGGCCUGCACCUCCUGCCCGAAAACAAGGUUCUUUCAGGAUGGACAGUGUGUUACCCACUGCCAGCAGGGGCGUUACGCCAUGGGAGAACAUUGUCUUCUCUGUCAUCAUACCUGCAAGACGUGCACUGAUGAGGGUCCUGAUAAUUGCACCAGCUGUGGAACAGACAAAUUUGGCGUACCCAGGUACCUAUUUCAGAGUCAGUGUCGGGAAGCCUGUCCUGAGGGGUUCUUCCACUCUGCAAGAAUGAGUUGUGAGCCGUGUCCUGCAGAAUGCAUCGUUUGUGCUGCUUCAGAUCGCUGCGUCCAAUGCAGCAUGGGAUACACGCUCAAAUAUGGCCACUGUGUCAAACUGGAGUGUAGCACAGGAGAGGUUUCAGAUGCAGAGGAGGAUGGCUGUCUCCCCUGUGAUGAGGGCUGCAAGAAAUGCAAGCGCGAAGAUUCAGAUGAGCAGAAGCAAAAAACUGUCUGUCAGGAAUGUGAAGAUGGACGCUAUCAGUUUGGUGCUGAUUGCCAUCAGUCCUGCCCAGAUCGGACUUACGAUGUGAAAGAGACUAUGACCUGUUCUCCAUGUGAAGACAAACACUGUGAAAUCUGUGACCAAUCUCAGUGCUACUGGUGUGAUGAUGGAUACUAUGUUUCUGAUGGAGAAUGUGUGGAUCAUUGCCAGGAAGGAUACUUUGUGGAUGAGGAGAGUCAGGAAUGCGAGCCUUGUCACAGAGACUGUCGCUCCUGUGGAGGCCCCAGAUACGAUGACUGUGACUCCUGUGAAGACGGCUUCACACUAGACAAAGGGGAGUGUCUCAGUGGGAAACAGCUCACUGCAUGUACUGAGGGAAAGUUCAGAAACAGUCAGGAUAAUUGUGAACCGUGCCACUCAUCAUGUAAGACCUGCUUUGCAGCAGAGAAGGAAAACUGUAGCAGUUGCAACCCUGGACAUUUUUUAUCAGUGGAUCAGACUUGUGUGACUCAUUGUCCAUCUGGAACCUUUGUAAACAAAACAUCUGGAGUGUGUGAUUCCUGCCUUAGUGGGUGUAUAAUGUGCAUGAACGCUCAAGCCUGUCAGCGGUGUCGGACGGGACUUUAUCUACAAAAUGGAACCUGUGUAGUGGAGUGUCACAGAGGGUUUCCACAGGAUGAUAAAUGCCACCAGUGUGACUCAGGGUGUGGAUCAUGCAAAGAUCGUCCCUCCAACUGUUUGAGCUGUGAGAGCCCUUUUUUGCUGCUGGACAACUCCUGCUUGUCCUCCUGUCCAAGCGGCUACUAUGACAACAACACAGAGUGCUACCACUGCCCAAAACACUGUAGUGAGUGCACUCAGGAUGGACUCUGCAAGAAGUGUGCAGAUUACUACUUCUUGUAUGAGGAUGAGUGUGUGGACGACUGUCCCAAAGGUCAAUUUGCCAGUGAACAGCAGCAGGCAUGCAUGCAGUGUCAUGCUGACUGUGCCUCAUGUGAUGGACCGGGUGAGGAUGACUGCGAUGUGUGUCGCAACCCUAAAGCUGUCCGAUACAACGGAGAGUGUCUGGCCAGAUGUCCAAACAACACCUACUAUGAUGAGAAGACUAAUGAAUGCAGAGCUUGUGACGAGUCAUGCCUGACCUGUUCAGGCUACGAACCCACCGACUGCCUAAGCUGUGACACCAACAGACGCCUGGAUGAUAGUGGACACUGUGUGUGGUACAGCCAGUGCUCCAUGGAGUCAUACGUUGGCCUGAAUGGUGACUGCCAGCAGUGUCACACACGAUGCCAUCGCUGUAAUGGUCCAGGCGAGGACCACUGCCUCAGCUGCAACGACCCAUACUUUCUACUGAACAGCACCUGUGUGAAGGUGUGUCCCGUGGGUUACUACGCUGAUGACAAAAGUGAGCGCUUGUGCGAGCACUGCCACUUCAGCUGUGAGUCCUGCGACGGACAUUACAGUCAACAGUGCACUACCUGCAAACCAGGAUUUUUUAAACAGGCUGGGAGUUGUGUCAAAACCUGCUCAGAGAGCUACUUUGGCAACAAAACCACCAUGCUUUGUGAGCGAUGCGACCCGUCCUGCAGCCAGUGUGAAGGCAGUGGCAACAGGCACUGUCUGGGCUGCAGAGAAGGUUAUGUGUACAUGAGGCAGUGGGGUCAGUGCCUGAAGAGCUGCCCUAGAGGGUACUUCAAAGACCCCUGGUCCACAGACUGUCACAAGUGUCAUGCCACCUGCAAGACCUGUAGCGAUGAGGGUGCUCUAGCCUGUUUGUCAUGCUAUGAUGGCUUCACCUUUGAGGGGAGCUUCUGCAACAACCCCUGUUUUAUAGGCUUCUACCCAGCCUCAAAGGUUCCAAAGCAUAGUGACCCAGACUGCAGAAAAUGUAACCCAUCAUGUGAGGGCUGCUGGGGCCCCAGCAUGUGGCAGUGCACCCUGUGCCCCGCCAGCAAGAUUCUCUCAGAUGAUGGCCGCUGCUUGAGCUGCUGUGGAAAUAAGACACCACGUGAUGAUACACCGCUACACAGAGAGUGCUGUGACUGCGAGGCAUCGCGAAUCCAGUGCAUCCUUGGUGUCAACUUCGUCAUGGGGUCAGUUGAGGAUUUAGAGAGCGGUGCCAAGAUCACUGUCAUAGCCUUCGUCAUGAUCAUCCUUGUUCUGGGUUUAGGGAUCUUCCUUCUCCUCACCGCCUGCUCCAAGUGGCCCACUGUCAAGCCCAAAACCACAGCUGGGGGGUAUCAGAAACUAGAAACUAACGAUGACUGUCCACAGCAGCCCACUGCCUCUUCCUUUGGGGACUACAGUGACAGAAUCACUGAGCAUGAGAACAAUGAUGAGGAGUACGACGAUGAGGACAUUGUUUACAUGACUAAAGAUGGAACAGUGUAUCGGAAAUUUAAGUACGGCCUUCUGGAUGAAGAUGAUGUCGAGCUGGAAUAUGAUGAUGAGAGCUACUCAUAUAAAUAAGGCAAAGACAGUAAAUAUGAAAUGUGCAAAGAAGUUAUAUAUCGGGCAGGUCUUUAUGAAAAAUUAACAGCUUGGUAAAGCUAUAAACACGUUAUAAGUCACAAAUAGAAAAAUAUUGUGUGUUAUUUAACGAUGGGGUAAAUACAUUGCUAAAUAUUAUGUUUAUUUUAGAAUCCAUAACAAGCCUUCAUAACAGCUCAUCAAGUACUUCAACUUUAACAAUCUAAUUAAU